AUGGUGAAACACCAUAAUGCAGACAUUGCCGUGUUGAGAUUAAGCAAUCCUGUUAAAAUUGGUCCUUCAGCUCAAACUAUUGCACUGGCUAAGUACGCUCCUCCUGCUGGAGCCCAGGCCUUGUUGACCGGAUGGGGCUGGAUCUCGCCUUUUGUGAAAGAGGCUCCUAUCAUAUUGCAAGGAAUCAAUGUAACCAUUUUGUCCUCCGAUGAGUGCACCGAUGAGAAAAUCAUAUGCGCCGGAUCAAAGGAAAAAACAGCAUGCAAAGGAGAUUCCGGAGGAGCUUUGGUUGUAAAUAACCAGGCGUUUCUCAACGACAUUGCUGUGUUGAGAUUAAGCAAUCCCGUUAAAAUUGGUCCUUCAGCUCAAACUAUUGCACUGGCUACGUACGCACCUCCUGCUGGAGCCCAGGCCUUGAUCACCGGAUGGGGCAAGAUCUCGCCUGAUGUGGAAGAGAAACCUAUCAUAUUGCAAGGAAUCAAUGUUACCAUAUUGUCCUCCGAUGAGUGCUCCAUAUUUCCAUGGCUUUAUGAGAAAAUCAUAUGCGCCGGAUCAAAGGGAAAAACAGCAUGCGAGGGAGAUUCCGGAGGAGCUUUGGUUGUAAAUAACCAGGUGGUGGGUGUGGUUUCAACUGGGAAAUGCGACGGGCCGACAAAAUAUGUCAGCGUUCCCUACUACCACCAGUGGAUUUUAGGAGCAGUUGACGAAUUAUAUUUAUAA